AUGGGAAAAUCAAAUAAAGGAACAACAGCAUCAGCAAACAAGGCUCAACCAGUCGAAAAGUCGAUUGACGAUAUGGACGAAGAAGAGUUAAAGAUGGCAAUUGCUCAAGGCAAGCUACAGAGAUCAAAGAUUGACGAUGACGUUCAACAAUUCUUGGACGACUGUGCCAACAGCAAGACCAACAACAUUAAAGAGACAUUGGAAGACGCUACAAAGCGUGAACGUCUUAUUAACCAACACGACGCCAACGGACGUACUGCAUUACACUUUGCAUGUCAUUCAGGUAGUCAAGUUACAUUUAACUUGUUGUUAGAGAAUGGUGCCAACAUUGAUGCCAUUGAUUUUUCAGGGUACACUCCAUUGAUGCUCGCCAUCAAGUUGUCUCACACUCAUUUGGCAUUAGAGUUGAUUGCCAGAAAAUGCAAUCUCGACGUUGUCUCCAAGGAAGGAUUCACCGCACUACAUCUUGCAGUGCUCUCGAAAGACACUCAAGUUGUCAAACGUUUGGUCGAAGCCAAUUGCAAAAUCUCGACUGAAAAGACUGUUGCCGGCUCUGUCCUCCACAGUGCCUGUGGUGUCUCCAAAGAGUCACUUCAAAUCAUCGAUAUCCUCGUUAAAAAGGAACCAAAGUUAUUAGAAUCUUUAGAUGAAAAUGAUAUGACUCCAUUACAUCUUGCUUGUGCAUACGGAAAUACAUUAUUGGCAUUAGAAUUAAUUAAAUUGGGAGCAAAUGUAAAUGCAGUUGCAAGAGAGGGAGUAACUCCAUUACAUAUUUGUGUAGAUAGUGAAAAUAUUGUUUUGAUCAAAGCUAUGGUUGACAAGGGUGUUGUGCUCAAGAUGGAUGCUGAUGGUGAGACACCACGUGUUAUGGCAGUCAAGAAAAAGAACAAAACACUCGAAGAGAUGUUGGCCAGUUGCAAGUUGGACGCAACACCAUACCAAGCUGGCAAAGACAGCGCAUCGGCAGUUGGCAAUAACCCAACACCAGACGCACUCAAAGACAAUGGAAACACAGCAUUUAGACGUGGUGAAUAUGAAAUCGCACUCAAUUGGUAUCAAUUGGCUAUCGAUGUUGAAGAUGUAACUGCAGAAGUAAAGGCUGCAUCAUCAACCUCUAAACAACCAGAAUCUAUAGCACAUAUUUUAUACAGUAACAAAUCAGCAUGUCACUAUAACCUCAAAAACUAUGUCGAAGCAUUAAUGGAUGCCGAUAAAUCAAUAGAAUUGGCUCCAUCUUGGCCAAAAGGUUACUUUAGAAGAGCUCAAGCUCUUGAAGCUCUUGGUCGUAAAGAUGAAGCUGAACAAGCAACAAAAAAAAUGAAUGAAUUAGAAGGAAAGAAAUAG